AUGUCAACUGAAAGUCCAAACCAAAUAGUAUCCCGACGUAGGAGAUGUGGACCCAAAGUGAAGACGGGUUGCCAAACUUGCAAGAUACGUCGAAUAAAGUGUGAUGAAGCCAAGCCUUCAUGUGAAAGAUGUGUUUCUACUAGACGACGCUGUGAUGGUUAUGCUGUAGACCUCAAAAGAUUGAGCCCGGAAGUACAAAGCGCAUUGGACAUCCAGCGACUACCCACAUUUUUACCAGGUACUGUGGACGAGCGACGAGGGUUUCAAUACUUUGUUUCUAACACAGCAACUGAGCUCAGUGGAUAUUUCGAUCCAUCCUUUUGGGAACAUCUCAUAUUGCAAGCAAGCAUUGCGGAUCCAUCUCUACGGCAUGCUAUCAUAGGACUCGGCACUCUUCAUGAAGAUUUCUCAAACCGAAGGCUGGAUCUUGCUACGAAAUGUGAUGCUGCUAGAUCAGGAUUCGGGUUCGCGACAAGCCAAUAUACCAAAGCCAUCUCACAUCUUAGACGAUCUUUAGCGGCCGGCAAACAAAAGCCGCUCACAGCUUUGAUGUCUUGUAUUCUCUUCGUUUGCUUCGAUUCGUUACGAGGCCACUUUUCGAGCGCCAUAAUGCAUUUACAGAGCGGCCUGAAGAUUCUGCAUGAUAAUCGGUUACGAAACAACUCCCAAGACGAGGAUAUGAUUGAGGAAAUAAUUGCACCUAUGUUCAUGAGACUUUGCAUACAAGCUAUCUUGUACAUCGAUACUAGAACAAUCCCAGAACGUAUGGCUUUCGCAAGAGUAAUAUCGACUACCAGUAGUCGAGAAAACAUUAUUCCAAGAGAAUUCAAAAACUUGGACGUAGCAAGAAGGAGUCUACUUCAAGCAUCCGAUAGCCUUUUCCGAGGAGGUUACUUAUGGGAUGGCAAUCUCCCUGCUGCAUGCCAACCAAGUGGGGCUAUGGAUUUAUAUGUACAAUCUCGUUCACAAUUGGACGCUUGGAAAGAUUCUUUCGAGAACUUCAUGAGAAGCCAAAGUCACACUUUCGACAGUAAACAGUUGAGAGGUGCCGCACUGUGUAAGAUUCAUUAUACAACUGUGCACAUUAUGGCUAGGGUCACGGAGCCAGACCUAAACGACACUCGAAGCAUUAAACAUUCUAACAAUGAUCCCAAAAAGUCUUCCGUAUUCGAGCUGGAAUUCCAAAUGGUCGUCAAUCUCGCAAGAUCUUUGAUAAACGCCGCUGAGGAGGAUUCGAAGGCGGGAAAAUCUUCCUUGACAUUCUCAACUGACUUGGGAUUAAUUGCUCCUUUAUACUAUACAUGCGUCAAAUCACCCAACGAAACAACUCGUCGCCAAGCAUUAGAACUUCUACUGCGGUGCCCGAGAAAAGAGGGAAUGUGGGAUAGUUCAUCAACGAUCAAUCUCGUACAAGGAUACUGGAAUCUCGAACAGCAAUUGGUUUAUCAGCCUUCAGAAGCAUACCCGGUCUCAAAGUUCAUACAGAUGAGUGAGGUCGUGAACCUGAUUCUGAAUGAAGAUAUGCGAUGGGAAUGGAAAGUUUCCGGAAAGCCGAGGAUAGACCCCCUACAAUCCAUAGGUGGGGAUGAUAUGUCGAACUUGGAGAACUUGGACUGGUUACCAGCGGAAUCGAUGGAUGAUAUAAGUCAGUUCGAUAUGGCUGCAAAAUGUCCCGUCUUGGGCUUUGCUUGGCCAUAA